CAGUCAUGUGACGUUGCAAUCAUGUGGCGCAGUCACUUCCCACUGAGCAAUUCUUCGCCUCACCUCCUUAUCAUGUCGUCCUGCUGAACAGCAAGCCCGCUCGAGCAUGUUUUUACCGAAUCGCAGCCGGUGUCGCUUGCCUCUCGGGCGCCUACUUUGCUUGGUGACUUGUGUCGGAUGUUUACUGAUCAGCUCCGGAGCGAAGACGGCGGCGGAGGACAGGGAGGCAAGCCUUUGGUACCAGGACCUAUGCAGCUACAAAUGGGAGGCCAUCGACCUGGAUAAUAAAAUAAGUUACACGCUCAAGCUGUGCGAGUCGUCCCCUUCCACUCCCUGCGGCGAAGGCACCGCUGUUUGUGCCCGCGACCUGAAUGGGGAUAUUUACCAAUCUGUCGGUGAGCUUUCCCUGCGCAGACUAUCCGGAACCGUCCUGGAUUACAACAGCACCGCGAAAUGUCCGGGAAAUGCCAACAACAUUCAAACCACUAUCGGUUUCCAGUGUGGGAAAACCAUGGGUACCCCGGAGUUUGUAGCCGUGUCUCAGUGCAUGCAUUACUUUGAAUGGAGGACCUACGUAGCGUGCAGCAGCGACAAGUUCAAACCACACAAAGAGGUGCCCUGCUUUGCCUUCGACUCCGACAGGAAGAAGCACGACCUUAGCCCGCUCAUCAAAAUGAGCGACGGCUACCUCGUAGAUGACGGCGACGACAGCGUCGACUUCUCCAUCAACAUCUGCCGCAGCCUCAGUGGUGAAACACGCUGUCCGGAAGGUUCUGCUGCCUGCCUGAUCACCAAAGACGUGGGCUACAAUAUGGGCUCUCCCAUCAAGCCUUUAGAGGUUUUAUCCAACGACAGGUUGAGGCUGCAGUACAGUGUGAGCGCCGACGCGACUCCCCCAGUCUUCUGUAACGGACAUUCACCUGCGGUCACCAUCACGUUCAUCUGUCCAUCAAGCAGACAUUCGGGCAGCACUCCUAAAAUGACGGCGGACGCCAACUGCCGCUACGAGGUGGAAUGGGCGACGGAGUACGCUUGCCACAGGGAUUAUUUAGAGAGCGACACUUGCAAGCUCACCAGCCAGCAGCACGACAUCUCAGUCGACUUGACACCCCUCAUCUUGAGUUCUGCAGACCAUCCCUACUAUGCCCAUUCCUCAAACAGCGAUGGGACUGAAAGCUACAUCUAUUACCUGAACGUGUGCGGAAAAGUGCCAUCGGAAGAAUGCAGCAGUUUGGGAGAGUUUGUUUCCUCCUGCCAAGUGAAGAAGUCGGGGGACGUUAAGAAGGUGGCCGGAAGAUACCAAAACCAGACACUACGUUACUCUGACGGAGAUCUGACUCUUAUCUACCCCAACGGUGACAAGUGCUCCACCGGCUUCCAGAGGAUGACCAUCAUUAACUUUGAGUGCAACAGAAACGCAUCUAAUGGCGGCGUGGGGGCCCCAGUGUUUGUCGGAGAGACGGACUGUACGUACUACUUUAACUGGCAGACUGCAUACGCAUGUGUCAAGGAGAAGGAGGAUCUUCUGUGCCGGGUUACGGAUGGUGGCAAGCAUUAUGAUCUUUCGCCACUCACACGCAUCCCUGGGUCAGAAUUGAACAAGAACUGGGAGGCAGUGGAUACCAAAUCUACCGAGUCGGACUUGAAGCGCUUCUACCUCAACGUUUGCCACAAAGUCAUCCAAGCAGAAGGAGCUGAAAACUGCCCAGAGAAUGCAGCCAUUUGUGCCUUAGACAAAGAUCAGAAGCUGAUUAGCCUGGGCAGCUUCCUUUCUUCCCCUCAAAAGACUGAAAAGGGAAAUGACAUCAGGCUAGUGUACACUGAUGGCGAGUUUUGCAGCAAAACCACAAGAAUUCAAACCAUCCUGACACUCAAGUGCAAACCAGGAGAUCUUGAGAGUGCUCCCGUCCUCCGCAGCAUUUCAUCAGACCGCUGUGUGUACGAGCUGGAGUGGUACACCGCGGCGGCGUGCGUGCUGUCAAAGACGCAAGGCGACAACUGCAAGGUGGAAGACCUGCAAGCUGGUUUCUCAUUCGACUUGUCGCCGCUCACUAAGGCUGCCGGCAGCUAUUAUAACUUGACCAGCGACAACUACGACUAUUACAUCAAUGUAUGUGGGCCGGUCACAGUUGCCAACUGCCCUGAAAAAGCUGGCGCGUGCCAGGUAGAGAAAAGUAGUUGGAGUCUAGGGCAGGCAAACUCGCGGCUGUCCUACUACGACGGCCUCAUCCAGUUGGUCUACAUCAACGGCUCGCAGUACAACAACGAGCAACACACGCUCCGAUCAACCCUCAUCUCCUUCCUCUGCGACCCCGAAGCCGGCAUUGGGAAACCAGAAUUCCAGGUGGAAGACAAGUACACGUAUAACUUCCACUGGUAUACAUCGUACGCAUGUCCUGAAAGGCCUCACGAGUGUUUGGUGACUGAUCCCAAAACUCUAGACCAAUAUGAUCUGUCCAGCUUAUCUCGCACCACGUCCGGCCGCAACUGGCAGGCCAUGGAUCUGUCUGACACCGCCAACCGACGCAAAUACUACAUUAACAUAUGCCGGCCCCUCAACGCUGUUAUGGGCUGUGACCGCAAUGCAUCCGUAUGCCAGAUGAAGUACACAACUACGCAGGGUUUUCCCGAAGAAGUCGUGUCUGUAAGUAACAUGGGCAUCUCCAAGCGCGGUCCCAUCAUCGAGGGCCGCGACCGGCUGAUGCUGGAGUUCACAGACGGGGCCCCCUGCGAGUCAGACGGCCUGAAACUGACGUACACCACCCGAAUUCACCUGGUGUGCACCAGGGGAACACUGACAAUGGGCCCUCGCUUCCUCAUGUACCAGAACUGCACUGCUAACUUCAUGUGGGAGACCAGGGCCGCCUGCACUAUCACCACUACCAGGAACGAUAGCUGUGCAGUGAUAGAUCCUAACACUGGCUUGGAGUUCAACUUGCAGUCACUAGCCUCUGAGAAAGGAUACAAGACCAACGCUAAUGGAAAGGACUUCUUGGUAAACAUCUGCGGCAACCUGCCGGUUUGCGGCCAGGGAAUGGCGGGCUGCGAGCUGGAAGACGGGCAUCCCAUCAGCCCGGUGGGGGUGGAGAAGACCCUGGAGUACUCCACGGGUGGUUUUCUCAAACUGACGUACAAAGGACCUCGAGAUGAUUCUACAGCAACUCGAGACACCUUCACCAUCAACUUAGUGUGUAAUUCAAGCGCUCACACCGGCUCGUUGAAGCUGCUGCACGAGGAACUGAACACUCUCCCCAGCCACGUGGUUCACGACGUCCUCUUCGAGUUCUCCACCCCGCUGGCCUGCGUCGCCGCUUCGGUGGACUGCCGCGUCAUCGAUUCCCAUGGGAACGAGUACGACUUGAGUCACCUGGUCCGGGGUGAAGAGGACAGCCCGUGGGUUGCCAUAGAUACGGAUGCAGUGAAGUCCCGGAGCUUUUACAUCAAUGUUUGCCGACCCCUCCCCUCACUGAAGGCGUGUCCGGUGGGUCCUUUAGGUGCAUGUGCCGUAAUUGAUGGCACCAGUUACAGCUUGGGUCUGGUCCAGGCCAGUCCACAGGUGGCGGAAGAUGGCUCCAUCAGCAUCCUUUACCAUCACGGAGACAAGUGUGGUACCACGUCUCGCUAUUCCACACGCAUCAUCUUGCUGUGUGACGACAGCCCAGGCUCCCCCAUGUUCGACCGGCGUGACGGUUGCGAGUACAGGUUCAUCUGGCGGACGUCCGAAGCCUGUCCCAUCAGGAAGGCCCAAGGCGAAGAGUGCCGAGUCCGCGACCCGAGGAGUAGCUAUGAGUUCAAUCUGAGCUCCUUGAAGGGAAAAGAUUAUCCAGUAAGGAGUGACAAGUAUAUCUACCAUCUAUCGGUGUGCGGUGGGCUCCAGAGGGACGUCUGCACCGGAAAAGACACUGGCAACAAACUUGUGUCCUCGUGCCAGGUGGAUGGAAAUACCCACAAGAUAGCAGGAAUGGAGAACCAGCUUCUCAGCUAUGUAGGAGAUGAGCUGAUCCUCAACUACACAGGCGGAGAGACAUGUCACCAGGUCCACCAGCGAUCCACUGAGAUCCACUUCUACUGUGACCCUGACAUGCACCCUGGAGCACCAGAGUUCAUCAGGGAGACGGCAGACUGCACUUAUGUGUUCAGGUGGCCUUCUGCACUUGCAUGCCUGCCUGUUAAAACAAGCAGCUGCUCCUACUAUGAUCGUGCAGGACACUCAUACGACCUCUCGUCACUGGCCACGGAGGCCCAAAAUUGGCAGGUGACACCUUCGACGCAGGACACAAGCAAGCAAUUCUUCAUCAAUGUCUGCAGAUCGCUGGUUCCGCAAGGAGGUUCGUGGAAGUGCCCCUCCGGCAGUGCAUCGUGCUUGAAGACUGGAGAACAGUAUGUGAGUCUCGGGCAUGUGUCCAACGGCCCAACAUUGGACGGGAAUGUCCUGAAGCUGCAGUACAUUGCGGGCGAGGCCUGUCCAGAUAGAGUCCGCAAUAGGAGCACUAUCAUUCGAUUCAAGUGUGAUAAAGACAAAGUUGACUCUCGACCAACUCUCAUUUCUUCCAUCGAGGACUGUUUGUACACUUUUUUGUGGUUGACACCUGCUGCUUGCCCACUCAAUAGCAGCCAACAUGAUGGCUGCAGAGUCGCCAACCCAGCUACAGGUCAUUUGUUCGACCUGAACAGCCUGAAACGGGACGGCGGCUACACGGUUUACGAUCACGAUGUGCACAGCAAGAUGUUCCGCCUCAACAUUUGUGCAGACAUAGCCAACGCCGGCUGUGGCCAGGGAACCGCGGUGUGCAUUAAAGAUGUCAAAACUGUGCUAAGCGGCGGCCAGACUAGCGGCAAGCUCUCAUACAAGGAUCAAGUGGUGGAGCUGACGUACCAAGGAGGAAGUCCGUGCCUUGCCAAUUCCGCCCUUAAGCACAGCACGAUCAUCCACUUCAUCUGCCGACCAACAAGCAUGAGCUCAGCCCCUCCGGAACCUGUUCUCAUUGACUCCAAUGCAGACACCUGCACGCACUUGUUUGCCUUCCAUACUGACUUAGUAUGCGAGCAGCCGGUCACAUGUUCUGUCCGUAACGGCUCCGCUACAAUCGAUAUGAGUCCUCUGAUCCGCACCACUGGAUACUACACUGCCACAGACGAUUCAGUGGACCAGGACAGCGAUGACUCCCCAGACUUUUACAUCAACAUCUGUCAACCUCUAAACCCUAUUCCUGGGGUGACCUGCCCACCUGGCGCCACUGUUUGUAUGGACCCAGAUAAUGGGCCUCCAAUUGACAUCGGGCACACGACAAGCGGCCUUCAGAUUAGCACCACGGGUGAAGUGUCCAUUACUUACUCCAGCUCCACCCGCUGUGCAUCAGACCCAACGUUGAACUACACCUCGACUAUCAUUUUCACCUGCCAGAGAGGCGUAGUGCUAGGCUCCCCACACAUGCUAAGGCUGCAGGGCUGUGUUUACAUAUUUGAAUGGGCGACGCCAAUAGUGUGUUCGGAUUCCACCCACACCAGCGGAUGCAAGCUCACCGACGCUCAACUGCAGUACACCUUUGACUUGUCGACGUUGACCGGCCAAGUGCAGGUCCCGCUAAGCUCCUCCGACAACUACCUCAUCAACGUAUGCAGCUCAGUAUCCGAGCCUGCUUGUAAAGGUGCCACCGUUUGCCGAGUGUCCGGCUCGGGCAAAUCGGCGGCGUCCUUCGGCAUCGGGAAAGCCAUGACCAUGGACUUCAAGCACGAGGAGGAGGGGGUGCUAAUGCAAUAUGGUGGCGGGGAUCCGUGCCCGCCGAUGACGGUCGACAACAAGGAAUGUGUUUUUCCCUUCACGUUUUUGACGAAGUCGUACUCUGAAUGCACCACAGAAGGGAGGACCGACGGCAGAAAGUGGUGCGCCACGACUGAAAACUAUGACGUGGACAAUAAGUGGGGCUUCUGUGGGCCAGCGUCUGGCAACAGGCAGUCGUCCAUUUUAUUUACUUGCGACCCAUCAGCCGGUCACGGCUCCCCGCAGCUGCUGUCGGAAACGGCGGGCUGCUCAACCACUUUCCUGUGGCGAACGAAUGCCGUAUGUCCACCGCGGAAGAUGGAGUGUACGCUGGUCAGCCAGCAUAAGACCUACAAUCUGCGAGACCUCUCCUCUCUCACCGAGCCGUGGAAGUUCAACCACCAUGGCGACACAUAUUACAUCAACCUGUGUCAAGGGAUUCAUAAAAAACUUCCGGGUUGUUCCGAGGAGGCAACGGUGUGUCGGCACUCGGCAGAUGGAACCAACCAAACGCUGGGUCGCGUUCACACCCAGAAGAUGAGCUACAAAGACGGCAAGAUUUCCGUCAGCUAUUCGGCCGGUGACGACGCCUGCGGAAACGGCGUGGCGGCAAAGAUGGAGAUCCAACUGAGCUGCGGCACCACCAUCGGACACCCGGGCAUUAUCAACAUCGACAAAGCUUCCUGCCUCUUUAUGAUUGGCUGGGAGACUCGCUCGGCGUGCGCUGUCAAGCAGCAUGAGGUGGAGAUAGUGAACGGCACUAUUGAGAACCCCAACACCGGUGCACGACUCAGUCUGGGAGAUGUUUACUUCAGUCACCACCAGGCCUCCGGAGAUGUACGCACUAAUGGCGACAGCUACAUCUACCACAUUCAGUUGUCUGGACUCACCAACACCUCGCUGCCUACGUGUAUUGGGGCCAACAUCUGCCAGAUCAAACUCAACGGAGACUACAGGCGGCGAAUUGGCUCCUCUAGCAAGGCAAAAUAUUACAUUAGAGGUGGCGAUCUGGAUGUAAUCGUGCCUUCCGAGUCGGCCUGCGGGCGCGAUAGCAAAAUGAUGUCGUCCAUCAUCAUGUUCAAGUGCAACCCGUUGGCCGGCGUGGGCAUCCCUGUGUUCAUGAGAGAGACGGACGGCUGUCUAUAUCUGUUUUUGUGGCACACUAAUGCUGUUUGUGGCCUCACGACUGCGGACGCACAAAUGCAAGAUGGCGACGAAGACGAUGGUCUUCCGUCUCUUUCCAGGAGGAGUCAAGCGGCGGCCAUUUUACUGAGCCUUUUAAUGGCGGCUUUUAGUGUUUGUUUACUGGCGCUGCUGUUGCGUAAAAGAGAAAGAAGAGAAAUGGUGAUUCAGAAGGUGGCUGGCUGCUGCAGAAGAGGCAACCAAGUAUCCUAUAAAUAUUCCAAGGUGAACAUGGAUGAAGAUGCUGGAGAAGACGAGAUGGAGUGGCUGAUGGAGGAACUGGAGUCUCCUUCUGCGACCUCCUCCUCUUUGUCCUUCUCGUCCUCGCAGAAAGGCCACGGCAACCACAGCAACGGCCACAUUAAAACCAAGCCGGUCAACACGGAUGGCUUGCGUUCCUUCUCCUUGGACGAGCAGGAGGACGACAGCGAGGACGAGGUGCUCAGCGUCCCUGGAGUGCGUGUGGUCAAGUCUUCGUCCGCCCAUCGUAGCGCCUUCCUGCAGGAGGAGAGCGACGAGGACCUCGUGGGCCUCUUGGAAGAGCCUGAACGAAAGCGGAAGAGCGGAAAAGCACGCUCAGCGGGCCGCCGGAAUAACAAUGAGGCGCCCAAACCCAAGCGGGAGGACGACGACAGCGACGAGGACCUCCUGCGGGUGUAAAUCGCCCCCCCCAGAACUGCUCUCGCUCGCUCUCUUUCUCAGUGAAUGUCGCCAUAGAAACUCCCUCAGCAUUACUGACAAUUCCUCCACUUCACCUCAGCCGCCAUCUUGUUAUUUAUUGAUUGCUCCUUUAUUUAAGGUGUUUCUCACAGUUGCUCUGGAAGCGAACAAGAUAGUUGAGUUUGUCGACCGGUUGCCGCUUUGGCCAGAGUCGUCUUUUUUUUUUAAAUUGUGCCAUUUCUUUAGCACUUUAUCACAAAGCGAGCGUCUCUUUGCAGAUGGUUUAAGGCAAAGGCGGCAAAAGCGGCGAAGCCAAUCGGUCGGCAGGUGAAAUGAACAACUUCAGCCGAGCGGACGUAGGCGGUGAAGGUCAGUCGUUGUGCGGCUUUAAAGGGAAGCAAGGCAUUGUUUACACUCAUUUGAAAAGCAAAUCAUUUUUACCCCUGAAAAAGGGUCCAUUUUUUUCUAAAAGAUCGAAUGUUCUCCCCUUUUUCACGUUCUGUGAUUUAAGCGUGAUUCUGCAAAUGGAUUUUUUUGUGUUUUGAGUGUCAAUGUGAAUGAAUUUUGUUUCGUCAAAGCCAUAUUUUCACAACACUUGCUCAGAAUGAAUCUUAGUCAAACGCAUGUCAAUAGUCGAAUAGAUAAUGAGUUGAGGUAUAAACAAAUAGACCCUUUUGUCCCCUGAAUCAACACCUCACAUCACUUAUUUCCAUUCAGGGAAAGGAAAAAUAGAGCUUCAGGAUUUUAAUGGGAAAAUUUGCUAACAUUACAUUAAAAGACGCUUCCUCCCAUGCUAACAAAGACUUGAUGAAAUGGCGCCCACUUGAGUAUGUACAGUAAAUACCUCCCCUCACACAACUGAGUAAAUUUCCGCCCUUUGAAAAACCAAGUUUUGUCCACUUCAAUGAAUUAACACUUCACCAAAAAGUCAUUAUCAUUCUCUUCCAACAGCGACACCUCAAAUAUUUACCGUUUUCUUCAAAACAUUUAAUAAUGUAUUUAUUUUAGUACAAAGAAAAGAUAAGGCGACUAAAUAAAUGUAAUUUUGCCUUCCGAUAAAAAGGUUGAUCAAGUAUUAUUGCUUUAAUAAAUUAAAUGCUCCACCUUACAUAAAAACCCAUUUUUGUCACUGGAAAUAGAACGAUGAAUUAAAAAAAAACUGUUAAACCUCUUUUAUGACGGAGUAUUUGGGCCACACAGGACAAAACAAUAGGCCUAUGAGAAUUAUGUUGUACUAUUAUGAGAUUUAAGUCUCGUGAAAAAGUCGUAAUAUUGUGAGAUGAAAGUCGUAAUAAUUCACGAUUUAUGUCGUGAUAUCGCGAGAUGAAAGUCGUAUGAUUUCACGAUUUAUGUAGUAAUAUCGCGAGACAAUUUACGUCGUGAUAUCGUCGUAAUACUUCAGUAUUUACGUCGUAAUACAAGAUGAAAGUCGUAAUACUUAACAGUUUACGUCUUAAUAUCGUGAGAUGAAAGUUGGAAUACUUGAUGAUUUACAUCAUAAUAUCAUGAGAUAAAAGUCGUAAUACCUCACAAUUUACGUCGUAAUAUAGCAAGAUGAAAGUCGUAAUACUUGAUGAUUUACGUUGUAACAUGAGAUGAAAGCCGUAAUACUUCAAAAUUUACGUCUUAAUAUCGCGAGAUGAAAGCCGUAAUGUUUCACGAUUUACGUCGUAAUACUUCACUAUUUAAGUCGCGAGAUGAAAGUCGGAAUACUUCACGAUUUACGUCGUAAUAUCGCAAGAUGAAAGUCGCAAUUGCGUGAGAUUUAAAUCAUGAUACUUCACGAUAUACGUCGCGAGAUGAACGUUGUAAUACUUCAUGAGUUACGUCGUUAUAUUAUUGCAAGAUGAAAGUCGUAAUAUCGUGAGAUUUAAGUCGUGAUACUUCACCGAUUACGUCGUAAUAUUUCACGAUUAACGUCGGGAGAUGAAAGUCGUAAUACUUCACAAUUUACGUCGUAAUAUCGCGAGAUGAAAGUCAGAAUACUUCACGGUUUACGUUGUAAUAUCGCCAGAUGAAAGUCAUAAUACUUCACGAUUUACGUCGUAAUAUCGCUAGAUGAAAGUCAUAAUACCUCGCGAUUUACGCCUUAAUAUCGCGAGAUGAAAGUCGUGAUACUUCAUGAAUUACGUCGUAAUAAUACAAGAAUUCUCGUUUGUUCCCCUGAAUUAAAUCUUAUAAUACUAUGAAAUUUUAAAUGUAAUAAUCUGAGAUUUAUUUAUUACGAGAUGUAGGUCGUACUUUUAUGAGAAUGAAGUGAUGUAGCAAGAUUUCUUGUCGAUUGACAUUGUGAUAUUACAAGAUUUCUUGUUUGUUCUCGUAAUAUGACUUAAAUCUCGCGAAAUUGCAUCUUAAUUCUCAUGCCCCCCCCCCUUUUAUUUUUUAUUUUUUGGUUUGUGUGUCCCGAAUACUACAUCGUACCCCCUUUUUGCCCCACUCAGGAAAAAUAACAAGUGUUUCAACAUUUCAAAACGCAAAAAUGUAAGCGCAUUCUCCAUCAAACAGUAUUUAUUCAAGUCACAUUUCAACACACAAUUUCUGUUUUAUCGUUAAUACUGUGAGGAAAGAAGAGGCCGGCAGGGUACGUGAAUGUUUGGUACUGAUUUUUUUAUUUUUUAAUGGUUUGAAAUGUGUCUUCGCGGUGACUCGCACGUCCCCUGCGAUUUUCAAAAGAGGACAAAAAUGGCGGUGCGCUGGAGAAAAGCACAAGAAAUGAGGUGUGAUCUUCAUCCUGCUUUUGUUGUCUCAUGUUUGUGCUCGUUUUUUGCUAUUUAAAAGAACCUCCAUGUCUCUAUUUGAAUAAAUACCUUAUGAAGGAUGCCUUGGUGAUUUGACUUGAGGCUCACGCAAUACUCGUGUAGGCUCAUAAUUUCUUACUUCAAUAAUGUCUUUGACCUGACACUUCUUAACCCCUUAUUAAGGUAAUUGUCUGCCAUUGAUGACGCUGGACGUCCAAACCAUUUUGAUUGGGAGGGCUGUCAGCGAUCUGCAAACCCUCCCAGUCAAAGUGAAUUGGACGUCUUCCGCCCUCAAU